CCAACUCUCGACUACCAAGUGACUAGUAGUGGUGCUGUCUCGGGGCUGUGAACUGUUAAUGAGACUAGACUGCGGCUCUUUCGGGGAUUGUCUGGCUCUGAAGGAAUUCUCCCCCCCUCAGCCCUCCAUAAUCAUCAUGGCGUCCGUCUUUCAGUCCUUGUCCUUUUUCUCCUCUUCUUUCUUCUCCCCUCUUUGACCCUUUCCCUGUUCCCCCUCUUCUUCAUCCUUUGACGGCUUCCCUCAUCAUCCCGGGUUGAUAUCCCGGUGUGAGCCAUCUCCGUCCAACCCACCCUUCAUCGAUGGGUGUAGACUCUGAUCGGUGGUGCCAUGCGGUCUGUCUGCUGCUGAGAUACUGUGACAUUGCUGCUGCACCAUGAAGCUCCUCAAUCCCCUCCGUCGCUGCGGCCCAGCCCUGCAGCGUCUGCGCACAUCCCCCGGUGACUUCUUCGACUAUACCUGGGAGUUCACACGCCGUUAUUUCUUCACCGUGUCCUUCAUUGCACUCUUCGGCGCCAAACUGCUCCAUCUCUACGCCCACAUCCACUCCCUUCCUCCCCCCAAGUUCUUCCUUUGGGGUCCCACCUUUUUCUUUCAGGAUGUGAUUCUUACCCUCCUCAUCCGGUUCUUCACUCACAAAUUCCACUGGCGUUCUGUUGCAGCUCUGUCUGCUCUGGUGAUUGUUCCAUUCAGCCUCAUUAUGUCCGGAAUGACCGCCGCAAACACAUCCUUCUACAUCGUCACCGGUGCCGAGAUCCACUGGCGACAAGCCACCACCUUCCACCGCGACGCCGCAGCUAUGCGCACACUCCUGACAGGAUUGACCGGCUUCCUUAUCGUCGAGGGUAUCUUGCUCACCGUGGCAUGGUUCCUGGCAGCUCCUCUACACCGAAUCGUCGGCGGAAUCCUCACCAUACUCGGACAACCUUUUAAAUGUCUAGUGCGGUGUGUGAGCUGUGUUCGAGCGCUCCGUCCCAGAACCGCACCUUUGCCCGACCCCGAGAUCUACGAGCAGAUUGCCGUGGACGACUACCUCGAUGAUAAAAGUGAUGAUGGCUCGUCCAUCCAUCUUCUGGAACCUUACGGCGAAGUGCCACCUGUGAGGCGGGGUCAUUCGAUCCUCACAAAGAUGGCAGUCUGGGUUCCCUUCUUGUCCCUUGUUCUGCUCCGCUGUGUUCGACCCUGGGAUCCCUCAUACAUGUUUCUGUCAGAAGCUCUUCCUCUAGCGCCUUUUAUCGGCGGCCAUCGACAUUCUCCUGUCCGCGCCGGUGGGUUGCCGGGCGAUUAUGGAUGGCUCGAAGGUCGCUCAACGCUAAACAAGUCACCCAAAUGGCGCUGGCUGCCCAAGGAUGGACUCCCCGGCUUUGAAGAUUGGAAGAAAGGCGACAAGCCUCGGCUGCACUACGAUCCAGAGAAGGAUCCGCUCCAUGUGUCCAACUUACAGAACCCGGUCCUGGAGUCUCUGCAAGAGACCUUGUCCAAUGGGAACGUCAAAAUCAAACAUGUUAUUGUUCUGAAGCUUGAAAGCACCCGCAGCGAUGUCUUCCCCUUGCGCAAGGAUAAAUUCAUGUGGAACCGCAUUGCGCGAACCUAUCAGGAUAAGAAGAUCCCAGAUGAAGUCCAGGAGCGGAUCGCGAACCUGACUCGCACAGCCGAAUUUUUGACUGGGUUCGACGCGGGAUUCGGGCACGACAAUGAACAUGAUUAUGGCAGGCGUUCAUACGGGGGCAUCAGUGCUCGCAAUGCGUUUACAACUGGUACCUACACGUUGAAAAGUCUAGUCGGAACCGUGUGCGGCGUGACCCCAUUAGUCGCCGACUUCAACCGGGAAUAUGACCACCACAUCUACCAACCCUGCAUGCCGCACGUCCUGGAGGCAUUCAACCACCAAGAUGAUGUGGACACCGACAGGCCAGUCGACCAAGCCGAUUUCCGCUCCUGGCCAUGGCAUUCAGCGUGGAUGCAGUCUGUCACGGAGACGUACGACAACCAGGACAAGCUCACUCCGAAACUGGGCUUCCAUGACGUGGUUACCAAAGAGUCGCUCGAAAAGCCCAAUGCGACGCAUUUCCCCAUACGGUCCAAAGAGGUGAACUACUAUGGAUAUCCGGACAUGGUGCUCCGAGAUUACGUGAGUGACGCGAUUGAUGAUGCGGAACGCAACCACAACCGGCUGUUCUUGACGCAUUUGACGGGCACGACGCAUCACCCCUGGGGGAUGCCCAAUGACACGUAUUCGGACAUGGUGUCCUCCAAGAAUACCAAUUCCAAUGAGGACAUCAACAAGUACCUGAACACCAUCGGAUAUAUCGACCAGUGGUUGCAACAGAUCAUCGAUAUCCUGACGGAGAAGGGGGUGGCGGACGAGACCUUGCUGGUGAUGGCGGGUGACCAUGGUCUUUCGCUCCCCAACGACGGCGGGGUCACUCCCUAUGACAACCCCCAUAUCGGCAGCUUCCAGAUCCCCAUGUUGUUUGCACACCCGCAACUCCCGCAGAUCGAGAUCAACACCCCGGUGAUCACGCAGCAGGUCGUACCCACCAUCCUGGACCUGUUGAUCCAAUCGUCCUCGCUAGGGGAUAACAGCACCCACGCGGCACGCGACCUGCUCUCCAUCUACGAGGGCCAGUCGAUGAUCCGCGAGCUGGUCCCGGAGCAGGAUGGGCGGCAGAACUGGCAGUUCACCGUGAUGAACACGGGGGGUUCGUGGCUGGCUGUCCGCUCCGCCGCCCACCCGGCCUACCGACUGGUGAUCCCGCUGGUGGACGACGUCGAGUGGCGCUUCACCAACGUGGAGCAAGAUCCAGAUGAGCUGCACCCGGUUACGGAAUUCAACCUGGUCGAUCUAGCCCGGACCCUGGACAAGGACUACGGCACCGACGCGGUGGACUGGGUGCGCGAUGCGGCGCAUGUGGCAGAGUGGUGGGUGACGGAGAACUGGCAUCUGUAUCAGUAUCGGCGGAAACACUAGGAGGAGACAGAUACCAUCUGAAAGACCUAUCUCUGCGGUUAAUCCUGCCCAUGGAUUAACCUCGGCGUUGGGAGCUACGCAAUCGCGCCAUGCCCGCGCCCGAAACCUCAACCGCCACUGGUGCGGACAAACCAGACUAAACAUGGAUCUUUUGUACAUAGUUGUUUUAUCACAUGAUGACAUCAGCGAUAUUUGAAGCGUCAAUUUGACUGAAAU